GUGCACUUGUUUCUGUGGGUUCAACUUCUUUACAGAACCAGCAGGCCAGGGUUUUAACCAGUGGGAGAGGUUUUGUUCAACCCGAACCAUGGAUUACCAGCAGAAACUGGCUGAAAAACUUACCAUCCUCAAUGAGAGGGGCAGUGGGGUGUUGAUACGUAUGAACUACAUUAAGAAGCUAUGUACAGAUCCCAAGCUGCGUCCAGGCUUCCUCUCAGAUAAAGUGAUGGAACCUGCUGUCAAGUACAUAAAUAAGAAAUUUCCUAAUAUUGACUACAGAGGAAACAUUCAAAACCUGACUUGCAUCCAGCGACAGAAAUCUGAAGUAUUAGCAGCCACAGCGAGCUUCUACGACUCCUUCCUGGAUGUCAUAGAGUUCAGGGAUCAUGUUUAUGAACUGCUGAACACCAUUGAUGCCUGCCAGUGCUUCUUUGAUAUUGCUUCCAACUUCGAUUUCACCAAAAACUAUCUGGACCUGAUAAGCACCUAUGCAUCUGUUUUCAUCUUGCUCUCUCGCAUUGAUGACAAAAAGGUUUUGGUGGGAAUGUUCAACUGUGCUCAUGAGAUGACCAAUGGCAGCAGCGAUCCCUCAUACCCACGGCUUGGACAGAUGUUUGUGGAAUAUGACCAUCCAUGGAAGAAGCUGACUGAAGAGUUUGGCCCUCACACAAGGUCUGUGACAGCAGCAUUGCUUUCACUAAGGAUGGUCUACCCUCGGAGGAACCUGCCUGCAGAGCAAUGGAGAAGCGCUCAGCUCCUCAGCUUACUCAGCACUCCAGCUUCCAUGCUGGACCCGGCUUGCUGCGAAACUAUGGCAUGUGAAUACCUGUCUAUGGAAAUAAUGGAGCGCUGGAUCAUUAUUGGUUUCCUGUUGUGCCACAGCAGUCUGAAUUCAAACCAGGCCUCCCAGGAGCUUUGGAAGAUGGCUCUGCGGAGCGGCCUCUUCCUUAACCUCACCAGAGAAGAAGUCCUCAACAUACACAAAGUCUCUGAGGACCUCUUUGAUGGCAUGAAAGGAUACAGCAAGCGCAUUGCAGACAUCAAGGAAUGUCGUGAGCACGUUCUGGCCAACUGUGGAGCAAUGCACAGGGAGCGGAGGCAUUAUCUCAGAGUAGCACUGAAGGAAUUGUUCAAAGUUCUGGAAGAUGAACCUGGACUUCUUGGACCAAAGGCCCUAUUUGUCGUGAUGGCUUUGUCAUUUUCCCGUGAUGAGGUCAUGUGGCUCGUCAGACACUCGGAGAACAUGCCAAAGAUGAAGACGCUAGAUGACUACAAUGACAAUCAGAUGGCUGAGCUGCUGUUUUUUAUGGAGAAGUUAAGAGGACUGAUGAAAAAGUACAACCAUGUAGUCCAGCGCUACCAUGUUCAAUAUCUUGCACAGUUUGAUGCCUUGCUUCUCAAUGAUACCAUACAGAACAUAUAUGUUUGUCCAGAGGAGGAGUCGGUUCUGAUGAGCUCGUUUGUCUCAACCCUUUCUGCUCUUUCUGUUAAACAAGUGGACAACAAAGAGGAGUUUGAUUUCAGAGGACUGCGAAUGGACUGGCUGAGACUACAGGCUUAUACGAGUGUAACUAAGGCACCUCUUCCACUGAAAGACUAUCCUGACUUGGCUAAAGUGAUGAACAUGAUCCAGUUUCACACCAGGAUGGUGGACAAUGUGGAAGAAAUGCUCUAUGAAACCUCAGAGCUCUCCAUAUUGUGCUUCUAUCCUCGUGUCUUUGAGAAGAUGUUCACCCAGAGCAGUGAGGAGAUGACCGUGAAGCGGUACCUCAUGUCCUUCCCUUCCGUCUGUUCUCACUUCAGUCAUUGUGGACACCCACUCUGCCCAGAAGAGACAGAGAUACUGGAGAAGAGAAGUCUGCGCCUGUGUGUGACCUUCUUGGAGCAGAUAGCAAAGCAGACGAGCGGUGUUGUGUUGGAGAUAUGUGCUGAGCAGCGCAAUCUCAAUGACCAGUUGCUGCCUAAGCACUGUGCAGAGUCCAUCAGUGCUGCUCGCUACAGAAAGCAGAAGAAACCUUUGCCAAAGAAAGGAGAGGUUCAAAAAGAGAAACCAGGUGCUGAGAGCCUGAGAAAAGACCGGACGGUGACCACCAACAUGGACAAGUUGCACAUGAUGCUGACAGAGCUGUGCUCCUCCUACAGUCUCAGCACAGACAUUUUGGUCUUUGAACAUGUUGUCGUUCCAGCAGAGUUCCUCCUUUCCCAGCUGGAGAUGCGUCUGACAGAAAUCAUCAUCAAGAUGACCAAUUACAACCAGACCACCCAGGAAAUAACACGUCCCUCUGACCUGCUGGCAGGGAUAAGAUCCUACACAGCCAGCAUGCACAACCUCGCAGGCUACAUCAACCUGGACGUCACCCGGCUGGUGAAGAGUGUGUUGCUGCAGCAGACACAGCCGCUGGACUCCCACGGAGGACCCACGGUUACACACUACUUCACAACAUGGUAUCUGGAGGCUCUUUUACGUCAAGCGAGCAGUUCCUUGAUCGUCCACUGUCCUACGAUGCAGUGCUUCGUCAGCCAGAGUGCCGACAACGAACUAAGCUUCAGAGCAGAGGAGUUCUCAGACGUAUCAGAGUUACAGGCCCUGGCAGAACUUAUUGGUCCAUACGGCAUGAAGUUUCUAGGGGAGAACCUGAUGUGGCACAUUACUUCUCAAGUCAGCGAGCUGAAGAAAAUGGUGAUUGAGAACAUGGACAUCCUAGUACAGAUGAAAAACAACUUUGACAAGCCUGAGGAAAUGAUCAUUCUAAAAAAGAAGCUGACAGGAGGAGAAAAUGUCCUGAAAAGGAUGACCAUCAUCGGAGUGAUCCUCUCAUUCAGAUCCCUGGCAAUGAACUGCCUGAAAGAUAUCCUGAGGAAACAUUGUCCAUACCUGAUGGCACCCAUUGAAUGUCUAAGGGACUUCAUCUCCCCUGAAACAGACAUCAAGGUGACUCUGAGUGUUUUUGAGCUGGCUUCUGCAGCAGGACUGAAAUGUGAUAUUGACCCUUCCCUUGUUGCAGCUAUUAGCAAUAUGCAAACAGAUAACACAUCAGUUGAAGAAGAGUUCAAGCUGUCUCGUUUGUUACUGGUCUACGUUGCUGUGUCGCUGCCUACCCUCGCUCUGGACCCCAACUCCUUGUAUAGUCAAGAACACGGAGGUCACAACAACAACAUCCACUGUUUAGCUGCAGCAAUCAAUCAACUGGCUGCUGCCAUGUUCACCGUCCAGAACAAGAACAUUGAGCAGCAACUCAAAGAGUUUCUCCUGCUAGCCUCCUCCACUCUGCUUCAGCUGGGACAAAACGUGGAACGAGUGGAAGUCAAAAACCGAGAGUCCAUCUACUUGAUCCUGCACAUGAUUGUGGAAGACUCUCCGUUUCUGAGCCAAGACAUGCUGGAAAGCUGCUUCCCGUAUGUUCUUCUCCGAAAUGCCUACAGGGAGGUGCACAAGACUGUCUUCAUGCCUAUGGCCUGAAGACCUUUUGUCCAGAUCCUUUGGUUUGCUAAAAUAGUAUUUUCAUACAUGUGGGUUUUGCUUGCAUUUUCUUUCUGCUUUGGAUUCACCCAUGUCUCUAUGUUGGCUAAUCAUAACUUUGACUUUUGAUAUUUUGAUUGCUGAGAAAAUGCAUUUUAUUUACUUAAAGUAAAACAUGAAUCCAUUUUAAUUUUAGUUUAAGACAGACAUAUGCAAUGUAACUUUCAUUUGGAUUGAAUAGGUAUACAGCUUUCUUGUCUCUAAUAUCAUCUUAAAUUAUUUAAAGCAGUAAGACAGGUAUGUUCUGCACAAAAUCAUUUUUAAUAUUUGAUCUCCCAAAUCAUCCAGUGUUUUUAUCAUGAAUAAAGUGAAACAGUGA